AUGGGGCCGCCCCCCGCCGCCCUGGCGCUGCUGGGGCUCGCCGCCGCCGCCGCCGCCGUCGUGUCGCUGCCGCUGCCCGACGCCGGUCCCCACGUCAACUACGGGUGGGGGGAACCGAUCCGGCUGCGGCACCUCUACACCGCCAGCAAGCACGGGCUCUUCAGCUGCUUCCUGCGCAUCGGCGGCGACGGGCGGGUGGACGCUGCCGGUAGCCAGAGCCCGCAGAGUCUGCUGGAGAUCCGCGCCGUGGCGGUGCGCACCGUGGCCAUCAAGGGCGUGCGGAGCUCCCGUUACCUCUGCAUGGACGAGGCGGGGCGGCUGCACGGGCAGCUCAGGUAUUCCACUGAGGAUUGUUCCUUCGAAGAGGAGAUUCGUCCAGACGGCUACAAUGUAUAUAGAUCAAAAAAAUACGGAAUAUCGGUGUCUUUGAGCAGUGCCAAGCAAAGACAACAGUUCAAAGGAAAAGAUUUUCUUCCGCUGUCUCACUUCUUACCUAUGAUCAACACUGUGCCCGUGGAGUCAACAGACUUUGGCGAGUACGGUGAUUACAGCCAGGCGUUUGAGCCGGAGGUGUACUCCUCGCCUCUGGAAACGGACAGCAUGGACCCCUUUGGCAUCACCUCCAAACUGUCGCCGGUGAAGAGCCCCAGCUUUCAGAAAUGACCCUGAUCACACACACACACACACGCGCGCACGUUUUUAAAGAGAUAUUGCAGAAUACUGCAGGGUUUUUUUUAGCUUUUCAUGUAGUGGUAUUUCGAACUUUUUUGUGUAUUUCAGUACGGAGCCAGACUUUUCCUUGCCAUGUGUUGUACCUGUAAGAGAUGAGUGCCCAGAGGCUAUUCUAUAGUCGAAAGAAUUGCCUAUCCGCAGUUUUAGUUGGAAAAGGAUUAAAUAAGAAAAGCUUAACAGCUUCAUCAGAGUUCCUCCAUUACCGUGGUGAUGACAAAAUACUUAACAAUUUUUCUACAUCAACUUCAUUGCCAUGUAUGUUCACCUGUUAGUUCUGCUCAUAGGAGCAAACGCAGAAAACCUUUUUUCUGGCCACGGGGAGGUUAACGAUCUCGUAGCUUCAGAGGCCUUAAAGACAGGCGUUUGGAACACAACACAAUUAAGGAAAACCUAGCAAACGCGGCGACGCGAGCUAGGCUUAACGCUGUUUCUUGAAAAGCUGCUGACAACGUUCUGGGAAAACUUUCUACUGAAAGCAUACCACUGAAAA